CGUCGGCGGCGUCGGGAGGCGGAGCCACCGCUUCGGGAGACGUCUCCUUCUUCGUGUCUCUUGACUCUCCACAAUCCAUCCUAGGUUCACCAUUAAAAUGGAAGUGUUGAGAAAAUUUGUGCAAAGUGAGCUGCGCAAUCCUCCCACAACCCUCGCGCCUAGCGCUUUUGUGUCGUCCGCCGCCGAGGCAACCCGCCGACUCCUCCUCAGCGCCGUCAGCUCCAGCGACCGCCUCCCACCCCUCACCGUCAAACUGCUCCACGGCCGCCUCCUCCGGCUUGGCAUCCUCGCCGACCUUUACACGUACCUCCUUCGCGCGCUCUCCUCCUCCGGCCUCCACCUCCAUGUCCUCUGCCUAUACUCCCUCCUUCCCAACCCCUCCCACCUGGCCUUGCCGGUAGCCCUCAAGUCCGCCUCCCGCCUCCGCAACCCUCUCAGAGUCGGCGAGCAGCUGCACGCGCGCUCCCUCAAGCUCCCUUCCGACUCCACCCCCCGCAUUCUCACGUCCCUGCUAAAUCUGUACGCUAAAUGUGGGCUUUUGCAACACGCACGGAGCGUGCUCGAAGAAAUGCCCUGCCCCAGCACAGUCUCUUGGACCGCACUCAUCGCCGCGUAUAUGCACGCGGGGCGUGCCAGGGAAGCUGUUGCCGUUGCGAGGGAUGCGUUCGCUAGUGGAAUGCGUCCGGACAGCUUCAUGGCUGCGCAGGUCCUGACCGCGUGCGCCCGGGUCGCCGAUUUGGGCACCGGGGAGGCAGUGUGGAGGACUGCAGAGCGGGAGGGGAUAGCGAGCAGUGUGUUUGUGGCAACUGCAGCAGUGGAUUUGUAUGUCAAGUGCGGUGAGAUGGCCAAGGCAAGGGAGGUGUUUGACAGGAUGCCGGAGAAGGAUGUAGUGGCUUGGGGUGCUAUGGUUAGCGGAUACGCUUCCAACGGGCGUACGCAAGAGGCUCUGCAGCUCUUCUUUGCAAUGCAGGCUCAGGGAGUGAGACCAAAUUGCAGGACAGUAGCUGGUGCACUCUCAGCGUGCACGCAGUUGGGUGCAUUUGAUUUGGCACAGCAGGUUGUUGCUGUGGUGGACUGGGAUCAGCUUCUUGACAACCCAGUUCUAGGGACUGCGUUGAUCGAAAUGUACUCCAAGUUUGGGAGCAUGGGCGAGGCAUGGUUCGUGUUCCAGCAGAUGAGAAAGAGGGGCAUUACUGUUUGGAACGCAAUGGUUUUGGGGCUCAGCAUGACUGGACAUGAUAAGUCUGUGUUUGCCCUUGUCGGUCAAAUGGAGAAGUCGGGCAUGAAAUUGAAUGACAUAACUUUCAUGAGCCUUCUCUACUGCUGUACUCAUGCCGGCCUUGUACAAGAUGGACGCCGCUACUUCCAUAACAUGACUCAGUUAUACCGCAUUGCUCCUAGGAUUGAGCACUACGGUUGUAUGGUUGACCUUCUCAGUCGCGCUGGGUUGCUCAAGGAGGCUCAUCGGCUUAUUAAUGAAAUGCCAAUGCAGGCAAAUGUUGCCGUCUGGGGUGCACUUCUUGGUGGCUGCAAGAUUCACCGAGACGCAGAGCUUGCAGAACAUGCCUUGAAACAGCUCAUUCUGCUAGAGCCAUGGAACUCUGGGAACUAUUUCAUGCUCUCCAACAUAUACUCUAAUGGCGGCAGAUGGAAGGAUGAUGCAAAGCUUAGAUUGCACAUGAAGGCGAUAGGGGUCAAGGAGGUCCCCGGAUAUAGCUGGGUUGACUUUGAUGGUAAGGUCCACAAGUUCCAUGUUGGAGACAACUGGCAUCCCCUCAUGGAUCAAAUAUACAAAAAGCUAGAUGAAUUAGGCAUGGAAAUGAAAGCCAUAGGUUACAAACCAACUACUGAUGAGGAGAAGGAGCACCCUCUAGUUCAUCACAGCAUGAAACUCGCCGUUGCAUUUUGCCUUCUCACCACCAGUCCAGGGGAGGCCAUUAGGGUCAUCAAGAACACCAGGGUUUGCACCGACUGUCACACUGAUAUUAAACUUAUAUCGAGGAUAGCUCAUCGGGAGAUCAUUGUUCAGGAUAACAGCAGGUUUCAUUGUUUCAGAGAUGGCUGUUGCUCUUGUAAUGACUACUGGCAGUACUGCAUGAAGGUGAUAGGGGUCAAGGAGGUCACCGGAUAUAGCUGGGUUGACGUUGAUGCAGACCGACAAAGCCUUUCAACACUGGAGCUUGGCAAUUUCAUGUCGAGCGCCGCCGCGGCGAUACACCGCGUCCUCCUCCAGGGCGUCAGCUCCAGCGAUCGCCUUCCACCCCUCACCGUCAAACUGCUCCACGGCCGCCUCCUCCGGCUCGACCUCCUAGGCGACCUCUCCCCGCUCCUCCUCCGCGCCCUCUCCUCCUCCGGCCUCCACGUCCACGCCCUCCGCCUACAUUCCCUCCUUCCCCUCCCCUCCCACCUGACCUUGCCAUGCGCCCUCAAGUCCGCCUCCCGCCUCCCCAACCCUCUCCCCGUCGGCGAGCAGCUCCACGCCCGCUCCCUCAAGCUCCCCUCCCACUCCAACCCCUACGUCCUCACCUCCCUCCUUAACCUCUACGCGAAAUGCGACCUCGUGGACCAUGCGCGGAGCGUGUUCGACGAAAUGCGCUGCCCCAACACGGUCUCCUGGACCGCGCUCAUCACCGCGUACAUGAACGCGGGGCGAGUCGGGGAGGCCGUCGCCGUCGCGAGGGACGCGUUCGCGAGCGGGAUGCGCCCGGACAGCUUCACGGUCGUGCGGGUCCUGACGGCAUGCGCCCGGGUCGCGGAUUUGGGCACUGGGGAGGCGGUGUGGAGGGCGGCACAAGCGGAGGGGGUUGCGGGCAGCGUGUUUGUGGCAACUGCGGCGGUAGAUAUGUACGUCAAGUGCGGCGAGAUGGCGAGGGCAAGGGAGGUGUUCGACAAGAUGCCGGAGAAGGAUGCUAUAGCUUGGGGUGCCAUGGUCGGGGGAUAUGCUUCGAAUGGGCACCCCCAAGAGACUCUGGAGCUCUUCUUUGCAAUGCAGACUCAGGGAGUGAAGCCAGAUUGCUACACGGUGGUAGGGGCGCUCUCAGCUUGCACCCGGCUGGGUGCACUUGAUAUGGGACGGCAGGCAGUCAGGACGAUGGACUGGGAUGAGUUUCUUGACAACCCAGUUCUAGGGACUGCGCUGAUUGAUAUGUAUGCCAAGUGUGGGAGCACAGGCGAGGCAUGGGUUGUGUUCCAGCAGAUGAGGAAGAGGGACAUUGUUGUUUGGAAUGCGAUGAUCUUGGGGUUGGGCCUGACUGGGCAUGGUAAGAUUGGAUUUGCCCUUGUUGGCCAGAUGGAGAAGUCAGGCAUGAAACUGAAUGACAAUACUUUCAUCAGCAUUCUCUGCAACUGUACUCAUACCGGCCUUGUAAAAGAUGGACGGCGGUACUUCCAUAACAUGACUCAGUUAUACAACAUCACACCUAGGAUUGAGCACUAUGGUUGUAUGGUCGACCUGCUCAGUCGCGCUGGGUUGCUCCAGGAAGCCCGUCAGCUUAUUGAUGAUAUGCCAAUGCAGGCAAAUGCUGUCGUGUGGGGAGCACUUCUUGGUGGCUGCAAGAUUCACCGAGACGCAGAGCUUGCAGAACAUGCCUUGAAGCAGCUCGUCAUGCUAGAGCCCCGGAAUUCAGGGAAUUAUGUCAUGCUCUCGAACAUAUACUCUAACAGCAACAGAUGGGAGGAUGCUGCAAAGCUUAGAUCGGACAUGAAGGUGAAAAGGGUUGAGAAGGUCCGUGCAUAUAGCUGGGUUGAGUUUAGUGGUAAGGUCCACGAGUUCCGUGUUGGAGACAAGUCGCAUCCCCACAUGGAUCAGAUUUACCAAAAGCUAGAUGAAUUAGGCAUGGAAAUGAAAACUAUGGGUUACAAACCAACUACAGAUGUGGUGAUGUUCGACGUUGAAGAUGAGGAGAAGGAGCACACUCUAGUUUAUCACAGCGAGAAACUUGCCAUUGCAUUUUGCCUUCUCACUACCCAACCAGGGGAGGUCAUUAGGGUCACCAAGAACCUUAGGGUAUGCACCGACUGUCACACUGCUAUCAAACUAAUAUCGAGGAUAACUCAUCGGGAGAUCAUUGUUCGGGAUAACAAUCGGUUUCAUUGUUUCAAAGAUGGUUGUUGCUCUUGUAAUGACUACUGGUAGAAAUAGAGAAGUGGUGUGUAGUUACAAUUUUGAGCAGGUUGGAGUCCCUUUGACUACUAAAUUUGAGCCAGCUAGAUAGGCAAUUUUCACUUGAAAGACAAGAGCUUCAGGACUCUUGUAUUCCACCAAAUGAGAAUAAGAAUGAGAGCAAGAAGGGGAUAUCUUUGUGAAGGGACCGGCACCAGAAAGUAAAUCAUAUGGCCUUUCUAUCGCCAAAAUCAAAUCAAGCCCCGGCCAAAGAAUUGCAGCAAAGCAAGUCGUCUUUGGUUUGGAGCUAAAUUCAUGGAUGUAUAGGCUUGAUAGAGUGCCCUAUCUGAACGCGCUGGUAUGUUUGUUCUUGUGUGUAGCUUCAAGUUAUUGCAGAAAUAAAAAAAAUGUGCCAAUAUUUCUGAAAAAUUGUGCCUCUCUU